AUGUUCGGCCGUCGCACUCGCACAACCCGCACCACAAAACCAACCCUCAUGACGCGCCUCAAGGGCCCCAACGCGCGCCACAAGACCUACAAGACAGAAGUUACUCGACACGGUGGUCACGGCCACACUACCACUACUGGAACUACUACAACCCGUCGCGGAUACGGCACUCGCUCUACUCGAGCAGCCGCGCCCGUACACCAUCAUCGCCGCAAGCCGAGUAUUGGCGAUAAAAUCUCCGGCGCGAUGAUGAAGAUGAAGGGUAGUUUGACGGGAAGGCCUGGUGAGAAGGCUGCUGGUACACGCCGUAUGCGCGGAACUGAUGGACGCGGAAGUCGUCGUGUCUACUAA